AUGGCGAUCACGCUUAAGCGGAAACGGGAUGCUGUUUCCUAUAAGGAACCUAGCAGUGAUGAAGACUUCUCCGACGAGCCACAAAGCUCACACGCUCCUACGAGACAACGAACGACCCCAAGACGUACUAAUACCCGCCAACAUUCAUCUGCUGCAGAUGAUGCCUCAGUCCGACCCUCUACAAGCAAUCGCACUUCUCAUGCUAGGUCCAGCGCGCCGAGAUCAAAGAACGUAAACCUUCGGGGAAGGCAGAAUAUCAGCUAUCGCGAAUCAAGCUCUGACGAUGACUGGGACGAGGAUUAUCAAGAGGAGGUAGAAGUAACAACUCCACGACGAGCACCACGUGUGCAACCCAAAGUUACUCCUCAGACAAACAGGACAUCAAGGGAGAUAUCAAGAAACAAAGGAAGACAAAGGCGAUCUCUUGGGGCUCCCUUGAAACGGAGACGCUCACCCGAACAAGCCGUCGAUGCGCCUCAAGCUGCCAUCAUUAGUGACGGAAAUAUUCCACCGUGGGCCACACUUCCUUAUCAUGUCCUCCUUCAAAUAUUUGUUUACGCUUCUCAUCCCUUACACGACGAGAAUUUUACACCUACCCCUUCUAUUAUAUGGCUUGCACGCGCUGCUCGUAUGUGCUCAGCUUUUACGAAGCCAGCUCUCACGGCCCUGUACCGCAACCCACCCAUAUUUGCCGUGAGACAAAAUCGGAAGGAUCUCGUCCAUCGCAUAAGCUCGAGUGUCUCCAAGAUUCAACAGGACUAUGCCGUCAUGGUCAAAAGACUGGAACUGGACGCUACGAGGAUGUCAAAACUGACUGAUACUGCGAACAGUGUCAGUGACCUUGCUGCUUUGAUAACUUCUUCCAAGACGCUGAAGGAAAUUGACAUUUUCGACCCUUUCGACAAGCCACCAUACCGACCAAGAUCCAGGCAGAUCCGGCGUUGGUACUAUCCUGAGGAGCUCUUCGAGGCUCUCCGCCAGAGCGAACUGCGAUUGAUGAGCUGGCGAUGGAACAGCGCAUAUUGUGCGCAUGGUCUUGUCUGGAUCAAAGACAUCCACAGUACAACCGCAUUCCAAACACUUCGCGACAUAUCACUGACGAAAUUUCACUCGGACUCCACGCCGAAGACCGAGGAAGACGGGGUCCCUAGUGCUGAAGAACUGCUUGGUACGGCGUUGGCUGCGCUUCCCGCUCUGAGAUCUUUAACAUUUGAGACUUGCAGUAUUCUCAAUGAACGACUAUUGCCUCUGCUUCCGCACAGACUGAAGAGCCUGACCAUCACCAACUGCAGGGACAUAUUUGCUGAUCCACUUCAAGCCUUCCUCACGUCGCAUGGUAGGGAAUUAGAGGAGCUGAUCCUGGACCACAAUCAAUGCUUAGACAUGUCCUUCUUGGUCAAUCUGAAGACUACCUGCCCGAAGCUCGAGGUGCUCAAGAUGGACAUGCACUAUUACAACUCAUUAUCCACAACUUCGGACAAUGAGCCUCUUUAUGAUCAUCUCCUGGAGGAAGGGGAGAUUCCUACCUGGCCUUCUACUCUGCAAGUUAUCAACUUAGAGUUUCUCCGAAAUUGGACACCGGUAGCGGCGAUAGCUUUCUUCACUUCCUUGAUUGAGGCAGCAGAAGAUCUACCGUGGCUCCGGGAAAUUGUCAUUACAGCUAUGGUCGACAUUGACUGGCGCCAGAGGGCCAAGUUUCGGCGAAAAUGGACAGCGCGCUUUCAGAAUGUGUUUGCAAGAAGGGCAAAGCCACCCAGUCCGCACUUGGUAUCUUUGCGAGCGUUCAGAGAGUGGAAAGCGGCCAGCCAAAAGAAUUCGAACACGACUUCCGGUCAAUCUGUUACACUGCAUGAGGGACAGAAGCACGAUCAAGCAGCUUUGGAAGGACCAGAUAGUGAUAGCGACGCUCCCUUAAUCUCGUCAAGCAAGAACCCGUCCAAUGAGAAAUGGAACACAAGACGUUUACGAGAUAGAGUAAAGUCGGAUGAAUCCGACGAGAGCGAUGUUGACAGCGACGAGUCUGACGAUGCGGGUGCAGAUUACAUACAAGGACUUUGUUACAAGGUGCUCUUUCGCAUUGACAAUUCCCGUCCUCAAGAGCAGAUAUAUGAUGAGGCAGACUUCCUUGACGACGAGGUUAGUGGAGACGAGGAUUGGAAUGGCAAUGAUACGGUAGAAGACACGUACGCCUGGUAA